UUCUUUGUAAUAAUCUCGUUAUUCUCUGUCCCUAAAGCUCAGAUUCCUGGCAUUUUUUGAGACGAUAUUGCUACAGCACCUGGUCCAGAACACGCACAUUGAGAAGAUUUUUCGAGAUCACUCGAAAUCUUGCAGAUACAAUGCCUAAUUGCAUAAUUACAAUGAACCUCUGGUUCAACGACAACGCUGAAGAGGCCGCCAACCACUACGUCUCCAUCUUUGAGAACUCGUCCAUCACACAAGUUCACCGCUUCCCCUCGUCGCCCAUUCCGUCUGCAGUCAAUUUCACACUCAACAAUGCUCCCUUUGUGGCCAUCAACGGCGGCGAAGGAAUUCGGUUUACUCCAGCCGUCAGUUUCCAGGUGGAAUGCGACACCCAGGAGGAGGUAGACUACUAUUGGGAGCGGCUCGGCGAGGGAGGGGACGAGAAGAAAAGGGCGGCAGGAUGGCUGGUAGAUCGAUACGGCGUGAGCUGGCAGAUCAGCCCGAGGGGACUCGGGACUACCAUGGGCGAAGCGGGAGGAGAGAAGGCAGCCAAGGUGGCCGAGGCUAUCCUGGGGAUGACGAAGAUCGACCUGGCGACGUUGGAGAAGCUGUGAUGACAGAGCGCUGCAUGCUUCGAUCGAUGGGCGCGGGCCGCGGGAAUUAUCAAGAUAGGAGGUUGACCAAGGGCUGGUUCCUUUGGAAUGAAUAAUGACGCACUAUGAUCUGCAUGACUUUCGGCACAUGUACUCAAGAGUCAUGGCUCAUCUGGCCAGGGGGUUCUAGUUUACAUGUAGCCAGUGUUGACAACUAAUGACGUGCGAGGAACUGAGUGUGUUGUUGAGCGUGCGUGGUCAAAGGGGUAUCUUGCUCCCCUAGGAAAAUAACCUUGUUUGAAUGAGAGAGACCCGAAAUGUAGAUUGGCGAUUCUGACGGCAUUACUAUCCAGGGGAAUUGGCUUUCCCCUGUCUCACUCGCGGCUUGCCGAGAAAGGGUCUUA